GGAAAAUAAAAAGAAGAGUUUUUAUUAUUUCUAAUUUGGACAUCUCGUUCAGGAAAACAAAUGCGUCACUUCCGGGAUACUCGGUCGGUGAAGAUGAGAAUGACAGCGGCUUUGCUUUCAUCGAGGGACAUUGCAAGUGGUCGUUAAAGCAGAAGCAGACAGAACACUGGGAGAGGUCAGAUCAAAGAAAAGUUUCCUUAAGGGGAGACCCUUCAGAUCAGAAAGACGGCGUAAUGGAGCCAGCAAUGUGCACGUACGGUCGCACUUUUGUGGAGGUGAUGAGUGAAAAGUACAGUCCAGAGAACUUCCCGUACCGGAGAGGACCUGGCAUGGGGGUAGUGGUGGUGCCAACUGCAUGUCCCCAAGGUUCCCCUAUGAAAGACCGGCUGAACCUGCCCAGUGUGCUGGUGUUGACUGGUUGUGGAAUUAGCAAGGCAGGAGAACAGAGUGAAAUCGCUGCCUUCUGUUCCCAUGUCAUGGAGCUGGACCUGUCCCAUAACAAGCUGCAGGACUGGCAUGAGAUCAGUAAAAUUGUGUCAAACAUCCCCAAUCUGGAUUUCCUAAAUCUAAGCUCCAACCCGCUAGCAGGGAUGACCCUUGAGCCACAGUGUGCUGAAGCCUUUUCUCACGUCCGACGCCUCGUCCUUAACAACACCCAAGUGUCCUGGGACACCGUAAUGCUGCUCACCCGUGGGAUACCUGAGCUAGAAGAAUUGUUCCUGUGCCUUAAUGAGUACAGUGGUGUAAGUGCCUCCAGUGAUGCUUGCCCCAGUGUCCGCCUGCUUCAUAUCACAGACAACAGCCUACACGACUGGGUCGAAGUCCGCAAAUUUGGAUCCAUGUUCCCGGGACUUGACACUCUAGUCAUGGCCAAUAACAAUUUAGCUUCUAUACAAGACAGCAAGGAUAUCCUACAACGGCUCUUCCCAAACCUUCGCAGCAUCAACCUCCACAACUCGGGUCUUAAUCGAUGGGAAGACAUUGAGAAGCUGAACUUUUUCCCUAAGCUGGAGGAGGUACGACUACAAGGCAUCCCAUUACUGCAGAACUACAGCAAUGUGGAGCGUCGCAGCCUGAUGAUAGCGCAGCUUCCCUCUGUAUCGCUGUUGAAUGGCAGCGUUAUAACUGAAAGUGAAAGAGAAGAUUCAGAGCGAUUUUUCAUCCGUUACUACUUGCAUUGCCCUGAAGAGGAGCUGCCUCACAGAUAUCAUUGUUUGGUAAACAAGUAUGGAAAGUUGGAGCCAUUGGCCGAAAUCGAUCUACGGCCACGCUGCCAUGCUGAAGUGGAGGUUCAUUGCGAAGAAAAAGUGGAACAGCUAUGCAUACGUUUGGACAAGACUGUGGCUGAGCUGAAGAAGCAGCUGACGUCAGUGGUACAGCUGUCAACUAACAGGAUGAGAUUGUAUUACAUCGACAAGAACAGUGCUUUUGGUCCUGAAGAGCUAAAAUACAACACGCGAGCGCUUCACUCAUACAAUAUCCAAGAUGGUGAUGAGAUACUUGUUGUUCCCAAGACCAAGUGAACUGUUGCUUUACUCAUUGCUAUUUUCUGUAACAAACAAGUACCAACUGAUUGGUUAACUGACUGGAAAACACUGCAAAAUGUAUAUCUUAUAGCUCCAGAGCCUCUUGUUAAAAUGAAGAGUGAUACAAGAGAAAGAUGAGCUGCAUUGUAAUGACUGCACUGUGGAGUGCAGUGAGGCUCUGACUACAAAUGGAUUGAGUUAGGUCUUCAUUUAUUUAAGCUUUAUUUAAGGACAUCCUCUGAAGUGCAGGAUGUGGAGGACGGAUGGAAUUUGACAACUGGCUGGAAGCUGGCAGCUUCAGAUAGGAUGUCAUUGCUGCACCACCACUGCACCUUUAUCUCUGCAUGAAUGCACCGUGGCUGCACAGGCAGGUAAAUAACCACACUUGCUUGGCCAAUUGUGACGAAAGCUACCUUGAACCACCGAGACGUGGCGCUGCUGAGUGGACUAAAUGAUGUUGUGUUAUCACUUUACUUUUAAGUGUUGAGAACAACUUUUCUUUUAAGAAAGGUUUGACAUCUUCAGGUAUAAUAUUGCUCUUUAAUGUUUUCCUUUCAUGCCAACUCUGCAAACCCUGUUUAAAUCUUACUAAAAGAACAAUACAUAAGCCUAAGUGUCAUGUUCGAGACAUAAUCAUUAAGAAAAAUUAGAGUUGUUUAGAGAUAUGAAAUACACUGUAUUCUGACUAUUUAUGAACUAUGAAUUGUCCACAAUGUUGCUAAAAGUAAAUGUAUUCAUCUUCUUACUCAGUGAAAAAUCAAUGAAUAUGCAAAUAUUUUAAAACAUGUUCAAGCAUUUAUCAACCAUACACCAAAUAUUUAAAUGUAUAAUGUUAGUGCACUGAACAUAUAGUUGUCAAUUAAAUUAGUAAAAAUAUAGUAUGUAUUUACGUUCUGGACUUUGACUUCUGUUGUGCUACUGUUUUUUGUUUUUUUAAUCUUUCAUUACGACACAUUUUCAACCUUUUUGCAUCAAAAAAGUAUGUGAAAACAUCUUAUUUGGUACACACUCUGGGUAUGUUGAAGGAUUACUAACUAAAAUGGAAAUGGAAUCAACAGGUUAUUGAUGUUGGACACCAAUGUUACAUGGACACCAAUUAAUGACAAAACAACUCAACAAACCCAUGCUGUGUAACUCUAAAAUUAAUCACUGGGCUGAUGUCCAAACGUUUUCCACCAAGGACUGACCGCAGUCAGAAUAAGCAAAGCAUUGCGAGGGCAUUUUGAUUGUUUUAAUUUUUUCAAAAAAGGUAAAACCAAUACAAAGUACUUGAAAGUUAAUACAGUGGAGCCUGUUUAGGUUGAAAACCCAUCGAAGUAGACUAGGGAUGCAACUAACGAUUAUUUUACUUGUCGACUAGUCAGCGAUUAUUUUUUUCAAUUAGACGAGGAGUCAAACAAUUAUUGCUAAAGAUCUGCUGUAAUUGUUUGAGUUUGACGUUAAGUCCGCAACUUGAUUAUAAUUCAUUUUGUACGUGUAAAUAUAGUACAUUAAUAUGUAAGAAAUGUUCUCGAUAUGACUGGUUUUAACCACACUGGAAAAUAAAUCAAACAUGAAUCCUGUAAAUGACAUUCAGUGCAAAAAAUAUUUUUAUCCGGUAAUUUUCGGGUUUUAUAGACUCAAUUAUUUACUUCAGUGAAAAAAUGUGUAAACAUGAACAUUCCAAAUCUUUGUCGAUGAUUUGAGUGACUUAUAGUUGCAGCCCGAAAGUCGACCAAAUUAUGAAGUCUUGGUCCACCAUGUUCUUAUUAUUAGGGGUGUCCCAAUUUGAUAUUGAUAUUGAAUAUCUGUUUGAAAGCAGCAAAACAAAAAUAUCGAAUUAUAUUGUCUUGCACCAAAAAUCUUCAAUAUAAGUGCUCUGUUACAAGCAGUCCUCCAGCACGUCUACUUGUGCAAAGCUCAAAAACCAGUUAACUAAACGUCCUCCAAUAAACUUCAGAAUAAAAGCAUGUACCGUACCCCCCGCGACCCCGAAAGGGACAAUUGGUAGAAAAUGGAUGGAUGGAUGGAUGGAACAUGGAUUCUAUCAAAACAAUUAAGAAAAUGCCAUUUUAUAACAAGUAAGAUUUGCGUGUGUACAAAAGCAUGGUCAAAGCUAUUUUCGGUUAUGUCGAUGUGAGUCACCAAUCUAAGUAAUCCACGCAUCCAUCCAUUUGUAAUAAAAUAUCUCAAAGGUAAUUAUCACAUUUUUAGAAUAUAAAAAAAAACAGCUGUGGGAUGAAAAUUGACCCGGUCCAGACUUUGGACACCCUUAGUUUAAUGUAUUUUUUCUAUUAAGCAUCUAACAAGUGAAGGAGUUUCUGUUAAUGUGCAGUAGAAUGGCUAUACAGUGGAACCCACUUUUGGUCCUGUUUAUUUUGACAGCCAGUUUUAUGUCAACCAACUCAUUAAGUCCUGGUCGACCAUGUGCCUGCUUAAGUCGACACUACACCAUGGUCGACAGCUUUUCUCAACAUAAGAUUCAAGACCCAAAGAGGUCAUUUCUGUGAAAAUUGGUCCUUUUAUGUUGACAUGUGUCGUAGUAUUGUCAACAGCAACAUAACUACUGUCUAGUUACACAACAUGAAACGCGCGAACCGUGACUUCCGGUUCAAUACAAAGUAAGCGUCAAAAUAAAAGCAUCUAAGUAUUACCCUGGAGUCUACCACAACAACUUACAAAAUGCAUCCUUUUGUUUUAGUUUUUUGUACCAGAAGAAAAGUUUGCAAAGAUGUACAAAAGCCUUAUUGUCAUCUUACUCAAAACAUGCAACGAAAUUACCCCACAGGAGUAAAUAUUACAUGAUAAUACAGUAGGACCUCAAUUUACGUGCUUAAUCUGUGACAGAGCUCUUGAAACAAAACACUUGUAUCUCAAAUAAAAUCUGAAAUGAAUUUAGUUGGUGCUUGGUCCCUCCGAAACAGCACAAGUUUAACAUGUAACAUGCCUUUUAAAAAUAAAAACAAACUUUGAGAUAAGAAACAUUGGAUGAAAACAAUACGAUAGGAUUUGCUUUUAAGAACUACUGUACUGUAGUUUUUGAAGUAAUGUAAUAUAGAGCCUUGGAGAGUGGACUUUUAUGGUAAUUCCUUCCAGCUGUUUUUCCAUCAAACAAACCAUCAUCAGGUUAUACAUAUUUUCGUGGUUAAAUGUAUGCUCUUUAAAUAUUAUUUCAACAUCCUUGACUGGAAUUAGACUCAUUCUGCUUCAGUAUGGCGCAAACUAGCAGUGAUAUGCUCUAAUUACUUCACCAACUUGGCGACACGCUUGGUUAUGUGUUAGAUGUUAUAUUUUCUUAAUUCAAUGAAUAUAACCUGCUUCUUUUUCUCUGCACUGUCCUUCACACUCACUUGUGUCUUUACUAUGGUUGAAAAAACAAAGUUAUGUCCAUCUCUAACUACGAACUAAUGCCAGCGAGUAAGACCGGUUGUUUUGGGCAGGUAUUAAAGGUUUCACUGUGUCAUUUCUGAUGACAACUUAUGGCAGGGAUGCUUGUAAGUCACAUUUUUUGCUUGCAACUUGAAAAAUAACAAUGAGCUGAGUGACCGCUCUUGUCUCAAAACACUCCUAAGUAUGGGCACUCUUAUGUUGAGGUACCACUGUAGAAGAGCAAUGUUAAUAAACUGCCGUUGGUUCAAACAUAUUUUUGUGUCUCUGGCGAAAGUAACAAGUAAAUAUGCAAUCAGUGGCUUGUUUCAGUUUCAGGUACAUCGACCGCUUAUGUUAAAACAGUCCAACAAGACCUAAACGGGUUCCACGCGCUGCAUCAAUACAUGCUGCAUUGAAGCCCUUUAAUUCAUUUCUGGUUAUUUGCCAGAAACGUGUUUGUUAUGGCUAUAUAGCCUUUGAUUUGUUACAUAUACAGGGUGAGUCAGUGUCUAUGUGACCCAUAUCAAAAUUUACCCCUGUAUUUCCUGCUAUAAUAGAUUUAAUCUAGCCUUUGACACCACUGAGAUACUUGAAUAGUAUACCAGAAGAUGUGAAGACAAAUAUGACGAUAUAACACUACUUGCUGUAUUUGCAUAUUGUAUUUAAUUUUAACAUUGGUUUACAAGGAAAGUUUUCACUGUCUCUGCUGAGCAAUACGGACAAUAUAACAAUUAUUGGGUUUUUUUCUCCAAA